GUGAGUCUGGACCUCAGAGUCCUCGUUUCUCCUUGCCCCUAUGCCAUAGGGAGACAAUGGACAUGGAGAAGAGUCCAAAGCUCACCAGGUGCAGUGCAGCACUUCCAGGCACCCAUCCAACAUUUCCUGAGUCAUAUUUUUUGCCACCCUUCCUUCCCCGGCACCCUCUGUUCAUACUGAAAAUGUCAGCAUAUCAAAUUCUCUAAGACUCAUUUUGGAGUUUGAGAAUGCAAUCAUCCUUGAUCAGUCCAGGGCAACACAACGGAGUGAUCUCCAUCAACCGUGUCCCUGCCCAGCCCGGUGCUGCGAUCCCGGGUCCCUUCCCAGCCCCGAUGCUCAAUCCCGGCCCCUCAGGAAGAGGCGGAACCCGUGCUGAGAAACCAAUCCUGCAACGCAAAUGCUUCCCCUCCAACCGGUUCUUUCCGGAGCCGCAGGCAGAGGGGGUCGUUGGGAGGCGAGGCGGCGGCUCUUUCUGUGCCGCCUUCCUUCUGCUGCGAGCAGCAGGGAUCGAGAUGGCGGGACCGUUCGAGGAGGUGGCCAUCUACUUCUCCCGCAAGGAGUGGGCAGAGCUGUCGGGCUGGCAGCGGCGGCUGUACCGGGAGGUGAUGCUGGACACCUAUGAGAUGGUUGCCUCAAUAGGCUGGGCCACCAUCAAGCCAGAGAUCAUCUUCAAGCUGGAGCACGGAAAGAAUCCAUGCAUGCCAGACCCCCGUGUGGUGCAGAGGAGGCACCGGAGCCCUGUGCGAGGUGCAUCGCGGGUGUCUGUGGGAAGGACCAGGUCCAGAAGCAGGCACCGGGAAGUCUCAUCUGUUAGGGAUUUGAGUGGUAGCCAGGGGAACCUGUCAGGACACCCUCACCUCCAUGACAUGCCGGCCCCUCAGCUGCUGGAGGAGAACUCAUCCACACGUCCUGAGUGCAGCAAGAACUUAAGGAGCCAGACUGCGCUGGCUACGCACGAGCAGAGACAUACCGGCGAGCGGCCCUUCAACCGUGCUGACUGUGGCAAAAGAUUGAGCCAGAGCGGCAAGCUGACCAAACAUAAGCGCAUCCGCACCGGCAAGCGCCCCUUUGCCUGUGUUGACUGUGGCAACAGCUUCAGCCGGAAGGAACACCUGAUCAACCACCAGCGGAUACACACCAGUGAGCGGCCCUUUGCCUGCGUGGAGUGCAGCAAGACCUUCACCCGGAAGGGCUCCCUGAUCAGGCAUCAGCGUGUCCACACUGGCGAGCGCCCUUUUGCCUGCACGGAGUGUGGCAAGUGCUUCAAUCAGAAGCAACAAGUGAUCAACCACCAAUAUGUCCACACCGGCAAGCGCCCUUUUGCCUGCAUGGAGUGUGGCAAGUGCUUCAAUCGAAAGGAACAAAUAAUCAACCACCAGCGCAUGCACACUGGCAACCGUCCCUUCAGCUGCACAGACUGUGGGAAGAGGUUCCUUGUGAAGAGCUCCCUGAAUAGACAUAAGCAAAUCCACAGCGAUACGAAUCACUUUUCCUGUGAUGAAUGUGGCGAGGGCUUCAGAACAAAGGCAUUCCUAGUCGCCCACCAGGAAAUCCACACCGGUGCGAAGGCCUUUCCCUGUCCUGACUGUGGCAAGAGCUUCAACUGGAAGGGCUCCCUGGAUAGGCAUAAGCUAAUCCACACCGGCGCAAAUCAGUUUUCCUGUGCUGAAUGUGGCGAGAGAUUCAGAGCAAAGUCAUCCCUAAUUGCCCACCAGGAAAUCCACACCGGUAAGAAGGCCUUUUCCUGUGCUGACUGUGGCAAGAGCUUCAACUGGAAGGGCUCCCUGCUCAGCCACAGGAGCAUACACACAGGCGAGCGCCCCUUUGCGUGCACCGAGUGCGGCAAGAGCUUCCGCCUGAAAAGCCAUCUGCUCUCCCACCAGUAUGUCCACAUCACCAAGAAGCCUUUUGCCUGCACCAACUGCAGCAAGAUAUUCACCCUAAAGCAACACCUGAUGAGACAUCACUGCAUCCACACCAGCAAGAAACACCAGCAGGUGCAUUGAAGCCUCUGGGCUGUGUGGCAGGGCGACUGGCAGGAGGAGGGGUGUCUGUCCUGUGCAGCGGGGUGGACACAGGACAAGUCCUUAGGGUGAGGGGACUGCAAGAAUCAGAUAUGGUGAUGCAAGAAGUAGUUAGUAUUACAAAAAGUGGAAUAUUUUGAUUUAAGCUAAAGUAGAGUUUAGUUUCGUCUCAGUAAUUGUGUUUUUUGGAAGUUAGGUAGAAUGUCCCUUUGAUAGCGUGCGAGUUUUUUUUUAAACGGUAUUUUUCCAGACACUGUAUUCUUUGAAGAUGGUAAUGUCUUGUGCCCAGUGUGAUGUGUGCUGUACAGAUGUCUCUUCUUCUGUAAUCACCUCUGUUUGGAGUCUUUCCCUAUCUCAAAGGCAAGGUCAAGCAGAGAGCUGAAGCCAGCUCCAAAUUAGCAAGAGUUUUGAUUAUUGACAAGUUUCAUGAUAACAUUAAAAUGAGUCC